AAGAAGGCAAGGAUGCAGUCCAUGAGAUCACUGGAGAAGGAGUUUGUCCUGGUGGAAUAUGAAUUUGAAUACACCACCAAGGAAGGAAGACUCAUCCGUAUAAAACCCAACGAGAGGUACAUCCUUCUCAAAAGAACGAACGAACACUGGUGGCACGUGUGUCAAGAUAUCAAGGCCAAGCCUUUUUACAUCCCGGCAAAAUAUGUCAAAGUUUUGUCCUCUCAGUCGUUGGGUUCCAACGGAUGUCAGACUUACAGGCCCAGCUCUGAGGACGUGAUAAAUCCCGUUCCCAGCACACAAUACAGCUACGCCUUUGUACCACCUGAGCAGCACAUUAGCAGUGCUAAGCCCUUGACGGAUGGACAGGGGGUUGUAAAUAAUAAUGUCCUUCCAGCAAUCAGAGCACAGCAGGCGGGCGUUGAAGACAGCCUAAGGAUACAGAGCGAACGGCAGGUCGGUACCAGCCAUAGUCCCAGUAACACGCUGUCGCAUGGCAGCAUGCAGGGGAUCAGUCCCAGUAACACGCUAUCACACGGCAGCAUGCAGGGGGUCACUCCCAGUAACACCCUAUCACCUGGCGGGACUCAAAGGGUCAGUCCCAAUAACACCCUGUCUGCAAGCAGCAUUCGGACAGUUAGUCCCAUUAACACUCUGGCGGCUUGUACCAAACGAAGUCCUGGUCCCAGUAACCCACUGUCAGCAGGUACCCUUCAGCGGAUCAGUACCAGCAACCCACUCCUAUCCACCUGUGAUUAUCGAACCAAUACCAGUUACGCAUCGUCAGGCGUACAGCAGAAUACUGCGCUCUCUGGCUCAUCGUCUUUUUUAAGCAUCUCAGGAGGGUACGAAAAACCUGCAACAGACGUACAGCAUAUAGAGGAGCGAGGCGAUCCAAGCCGUGCCCACGUCCCACUGAGAACAUUCCAUAAUUCCAAGAAGAUUCUAGACUCUAAAAAGCGCAUUAGCUUUGCGUUGCCUCCAGACCUUCAACCAACCAUCAGACCCACACAAUCCUUAAAUGACCUACAAAAUAUCAUCUACGAAUUACCGCCAGAUCCUCCUCUGCCUCCUAAAAGGAAUGUACUGCGUCACACAGAGAAGGCAGGACUUGAGCCGGCCUCAUCUCCAGUCCAGGGGUUCUUCAAGGCUGGUUUUGAGAACAUUCUCAAUGGAAAGAAAAUGACAUCAGGGAAGAAGUCGUCUACCAAGACUGUGAAUGCAGAAGAACAGUCUAUGCCCGUCUACGUAAAUCUAGAGGAAUUACAGAAAGAUAAUGCAAGGGAGAGAUUGUCUUCUCAGCAGCACAGUUCCACCAGUACACUAGACGACUGGGAGACUCACACAGACAAAGGGACCGGACAGCCCUUCUAUUAUAACAGCGUUACGGGUGAGACUACUUGGGAUCCGCCAUUUGACCAAGCAGAAUAUCAGAUCAACUCUCCCAUCUCUCCAACGUCCCUGAGUCCACUGCCAACAGACGAGUGGGAGAAACAUUUUGAUGAGACCAGCAAACAAUUCUACUUCUAUAAUUCAGUGACUGGAGAAACUUCCUGGGACCCUCCUGAGGAAGAGCUGAAUAUACAAGGGAUGCAAUCUGUCUUCUCAUAUUCAUACGGAUCAAUGGACAGGAGGCCGCCAACUCCAGAAGCUGACUACCCCGACUACCUCCAAGAAGAUAUAGAUAACUUGCCAGAAGCGGACUAUGGACAGGCCUACCCCAAUUUGUAUGACUCUGUCCCACCAGACAUAGCUUCUUUUGGUGAUCAAAUCUCAGGCUGGUCCUGCCGAACCAACAAAGACGGAAAGAAGGUCUACACAAAUAACUAUAAUAAUGACACUUGGUUGCAAUCACAAGACCAACAUGGAAAAACCUAUUUCUAUACCCCAGAUGGCUCCAGUUCACAAUGGCAGUUACCUCAGUUGGGGCCAUCGGGCUUGCAGAGGAGUCAAAGUGAACCUGACCAGGACAACAAUACACUUUCAAGACUUGCCUCAAACUUCUCAACAUAUAGUUUCCCACAAGACACAGAGGUCUUCGUGCCAAAACACAAGAGGAGUGAUUCAGACAACAAUUUUCUACUCCAUGCUGGGAAUGACCAGACCAAAAGCCUAGAAAAAGCUGGAGUCCUCCAGAAAGCAAAAAUAGCUGAGAACGGGAAAAAGUUUCGACGGAAAAACUGGAGCUCGUCGUGGACCGUCUUAGAGGGAGGGAUUUUAACAUUUUACAAGGAUACAAAAAAUCUGUCAUCUAACAGCCUGAAGCAGGUCUUAACCAUUCCAGAACAUACAGUCCAGUUACACGGAGCAACAAUUUCAUGGGCAGCAAAGGACAAGUCCAGUAAGAAGCAUGUCUUGGAACUGAAAACCCUCGAUGGCAGCGAGUAUUUGAUCCACCACGAUUCAGAAACCAUAACGAGCGAUUGGUACAAGUCUAUAAGUAACAGUAUCGGGAAAAAUACUCGUCGGUCUACAGACAAUGCCCCGGACAGUGAGGCAGAAUCUCCUCGGUUAUUUGGUUCUUAUGAGAAGCUGGGAACGAAAGAUGAGAAGGACAAGAAAUUUCAAGCGGGUCAGACAAGCAGCAGCACCAGCUCCGACAGUGACCGCAACGUUCGAGCCAAACUCAAGAAGUUCUUACAGAGGCGGCCAACGCUACAAUCGCUACGGGACAAAGGUUACAUUAAAGAUCAAGUAUUCGGAUGCCAUCUAUAUGUUCUCUGCGACAGGGAAAAGAAAAACGUGCCGGAUUUUGUAAGCAAGUCCAUCCAAGCAGUGGAAAAAAGAGGUCUGGAUAUUGACGGAUUAUACAGAGUAAGUGGAAACUUAGCCGUCAUACAGAAGCUACGCUACAAAGUAGACCAUGAUGAAAACUUCAGUUUGGAUGACGGUCGGUGGGAAGAUGUCCAUGUCAUCACCGGAGCGCUGAAACUGUUUUUUCGGGAGCUUCCAGAACCUCUGUUUCCAUACAGUCACUUUGACAAGUUCAUCGAGGCCAUAAAAAUAGGGGACCAAACUCAGAAAAUGAAACGAAUGAAAGAACUCGUGCAGACGUUACCUCCUCCCAACCUGGAGACCAUGACAGUUCUGUUCAGACAUCUCUGCAGUGUUAUCGAACACAAAGAAUCGAAUCGUAUGUCAGUGCAGAGCGUCGCGAUUGUAUUCGGACCCACUCUGCUGCGGCCGGAGACGGAAGGAACCAACAUUGCAAUGUACAUGGUUUUUCAGAACCAGAUAGUAGAAUACCUUCUCAUCCAAUAUCAGCAAAUAUUUAAUACCAGCUGAUCCUGUACUUAACGGGCGCCCCGUGGGCUGUGACUUGAAGGUGCAGGAUCACCUGAAGACAUCAGAUUUUGUUUGUCGUUAUUAUCGUUUUUGUGUUUUUUUGCUAUUUAAAUGUCUCUGUACAUAACGGCUGUUUGGUAUAUAUGACUGUGUAAAAUAUAGUAUGAUUUUAUACCAAAACGAAUAGGAAGGCUGCUUGUUGUGAAUAAAUAUAUAAUAUAUAUGUAUGUGUGUUUCGGAAUAUAUGUCUGUAUAUUUCCUCGUGUCACCGGUUCCACUUUUAUCAUCCAUUUAUAAUAUUAUAGAAUUAAUUAUUUUUAAAGGAAAUUAAAAGAAGUGGCUUCAUUAU